AUGGCUUCUCCGGUAGAAGAAAGCAAAACGGUGCAAAGCUGGGAAGACGACGGGGAGGAUCAGAGGACAGACGGGGUCCCGAAGGAAGGAGGCUGCCCGAGACACAGCUUCCCCAAAAGAGACAGGAGCAGAGGUGGGGCUCCCGGAUCUGAGGCCGGCCCCCCGACUCCCAUUGCAGCACACACCCAGGGGGUCUGCUCAAAGUCAAAGCACCUACUGCGGUCCUGUCUUCUCCAUCACCUCUCAGGGGACGGUGGUUGCUCUGCACACUGCUUAAGUCUGGAAUGCAGGCAGGCUAAGUGA